AUGCUUACCCUGAAGAUCCUGUCUCCUGGUGCUUCAGGCUUGGAAAAGACGUCGAGGAAUCUCCCCUGCACCCUUGACACCCUCUUCGAGGAUGUCCAACAGGCCCCCACCAGUCAAAACUGCUACCAGGUCACAAAGUUGAUGCUGGAAGUAAGUUACGACCACAAAUCCAUCCCCCUGAUGCUUUGGGCCGCAAGAACAAGCGACCUAGACACCCUGUACUCAAACGCGUCCGUCGAGGAUGCGGUUGAAGCAGCUACAGACUUCCUCAAUUCCGUCUUCCAGAGCGACUGUCAUGCUCAGAACUCCAUUGUCCUGGGUUUCGAGGCCGACCGCCAGGUGGAUGCCAAGGAUGAUAUGAGUGCGAUACCCUCUUCAAGUUACGUUGUUGUUCUGAGCAUUAUCAAUACGGCGCUCUUGAGGACCCAUUCUAUCUCGCUUCGCGCGCGGCAGGACCUGGAAGAGCGGCGAUUGCUCGAAGACUUCUUCGUCGCGCCCAAGCCGGUGACGGCCUGGGGACGCUUCACGAAAGCGAUUUUGCCCCGCGGAAAGGUGCGCGGGGGCUCUUCCCCCUACAGUUUCCUGGGUGCAGCGCCGCCGGCCAAGACGAGGAGCCGGAGAUCGCGAAUGUUGUUCCUGCUCUUGAGCCUGGUGCUGGCGGUCUGUCUCAGCGCCGCGAGCCUCUCCGCCUUCCUCAGUUUCGGUUCCUACAGGAUCACGAAAUACCACCGGCCGGCCCAGGACAACUUCUUCCAGGCCGCCAACUGGUCCGAAUGGUCCUCCGCCCACGACCUCAAUGAGUGGCACCUGCGCAGCGACAUCGGUGCCCUCGUCCCCUCCACCCAGUACGACGCCGAAGAGCUGCCCAGGCUCAAGUGGAUCGAACAAGAGGUGCCCGAGCUGGCCCGGCUGUUCGGAAACGGGCGCUACCCGCCCCCGGAAGACUACGGGACGAUUAUCCCCACUGGGGAGGGCUACCACUUUGCCCACUGUGCGCUGACGCUGCGGCGGUUCUACUGGGCGCACAAAAGGGGAUGGGGCCUGUGCCCCAAGGAUUUCGAUGACGAACACCUAGUGCACUGUCUGGACGUUGUGGACGCUCAUGCCUUUACUGUCAAUGGAACGGCGGUCAUUCCCACGCCCAAAUCUACCAUUCACUGGUUCUCUCCCAUGGUUUGCUUUUGA